UUCUAGCAUUCGUAACUGCGUUGACGGGAUUUAUAGUUCCAGUAGACCGCCGGAUAAACCCAAAUUAGUGCGCACAAGUCUCAGUUUUGGCAACUAAGAACGCAGGAUAAAAUGUUUUUUUAAAAAGAAGAAGAAGAAGAAGAAGAAAAAAAAAAAAGAAAAAAGAAGAAUGCCCAAGUAGCCUAUAAUUAAAGAUCUGCGCUCUGUUUUGGAUGCUCCUACUUCGUACCUUCAUUUUUUUUGUGUGUGUGUCAGAACAAUUUCACAAGUUGUUGAUUUGAAUUAUACGCGCACACUAUGGAGUACUGGAGGCAGUGCAGUUUGUGGCUGAUCAGUUGUAAAGUUUUGCCCCGGAAUCCUCGGGUCACGGCUGAAUCGGGGCAGGUUUUUGAUUUAGCACAAACACUUCGGGAUGGGGUCCUUCUGUGCCAGCUGCUGAAUAAUCUGCGACCCGACACCAUUAACCUGAAAGAGAUCAAUCUCAGACCACAGAUGUCCCAGUUCCUCUGCCUGAAGAAUAUCCGAACAUUCCUGUCCGCUUGCUGUGAUGCAUUUGGUAUGAAGAAGAGUGAUUUGUUUGAUGCCUUUGAUCUCUUCGAUGUCCGUGAUUUUGGAAAGGUCAUUGACACCCUAUCCAAACUCUCUCAUACCCCUAUUGCACAACAGGCUGGGAUUAGGGCAUUCCCCACUGAGAAAAGCACUGAAAAUGAAGACAUAUACAUCCAUUUGGCAGAUCUCAUUGAUGAGGAGCUGGUGGAGGAUAUUUAUGACCCUGUGUAUGGAGACAUAGAGGGAGGAGAGGUCUAUGAGGAUCUAAUGAAGACAGACACUACUGCAUCUCAGAUGAAACAGGCCGAGGUGGACAUCAGAAGCUGCUGCCUCUCAGAGAUCAAACAGACAGAAGCCAAAUACACAGAGACCCUGGAGACCAUUGAGAAGUACUUUAUGAUUCCACUGAUGAAAUUCAUCCCAGCAACAGAUAUUGACAAAAUUUUCAUCAAUAUACCCGACCUGGUUAAAGUUCACAAAGGCCUGAUGGUCGAGAUUCAAGACUCUUUGCAAAAUAAAAAUGCAGAAAACCUCCACCAGAUCUUCAUUGUUUACAAAGACAGGCUUCUUUUGUAUGGAAAAUACUGCAGUCAUGUAGAAACAGCCAUUUCACAGUUAGAUUUCAUCUGUAAGGAGAAAGAGGGCGUUCGACUGAAAUUGGAGGAAUGUUCAAAGAGAGCUAACAAUGGGAAAUUCACUUUAAGAGACUUGUUAGUGGUUCCCAUGCAGCGAGUGCUGAAAUACCCGCUACUGCUUCAGGAACUGGUCAAAUAUACAAGUGACACCACAGAAAAGAGCAACCUACGAGUAGCCCUUGAUGCCAUGAGAGACUUAGCCCAGUAUGUAAAUGAGGUGAAAAGAGAUGUUGAAACUCUAAUAGAGAUUGAUCAGUAUCAGAGAUCAAUUGAGAAUUUGAAUCAGUCUUUGCUUUCUUAUGGAAGACCGAAGGGUGAUGGUGAAGUCCGUUUGGCAUCAAAUGUGGACAAGCGCAGACAGGACAGGCAUAUUUUUUUGUUCGAUGUUGCUGUAAUUGUCUGCAAGCGGCGUGGGGACAACUAUGAGAUGAAGGAAGUGAUCGACCUCAACCAUUUUAAGAUCUCUAAUAAUCACACCACUGACAAGGACUGCAGAAAGUGGUGCUAUGGAUUCUACCUCACUCACCAGCAGGGGCAGACUAGGUACGAGUUCCUGUUCAAGACCGAAGAGCUGAAGAAGAAAUGGCUGGACCAGUUUGAGAUGGCCAUAUCCAAUAUUCGGCCAGAGAACGCCACCUUUAACUCUCAUCGGUUUAGGAUGCACACCUUUGAGAGGGCCACCACCUGCAGCUCCUGUCAUAUGCUUCUCAGGGGAAUUUUUAACCAAGGCUACCUGUGUCCUAAAUGUGGGAUAGGGGCUCAUAAGGGCUGUCUGGGAAGACUAGAAGUCUGUGGAAGAGCAGGUGCUGUCGUUCAAAAGCAACUGAGAAAGUCAAAACCUAGGAAACAAGAAGACCCAGGUUUGCCAAAAAUGCUGGUCAUCAGAGACUAUUUCGGGGUGCCUGGUCCUCAGGGUGGUCCACCGCUAAAUGUUCAGAUUGGUGAUGUCAUAGAGGUCAUCUGUGCUGAUCCACACAGCUUCUGGUGGCAGGGCAAAAUCCUGACGACGCAAGAGACUGGCUUCUUCCCAAGUGAUUCAGUCAAGCCUUGCCCAUGUGUUCCCAGAACAGUUGACUAUUCAUCCCAGCCCUGGUUUGCUGGGCCCAUGGAGAGGCACCAUGCUGAGGCCGCGCUCAUGGAGAGACAGAACAGCACCUACCUGGUGAGAUACAGGAGCCGUGAGAGCAGAGAGUACGCUAUCAGUAUCAAGUACAACAACGAUGUGAAACACAUUAAGAUUCUCACCAAGGAGUGCUGCUUCUACAUUGCUGAGAGCAGGACAUUCAAGACUGUAUUAGGUCUAGUGGAGUACUACAAGCAGCACUCUCUAAAAGAGGGUUUUCGCAGUCUGGACACUACUCUGCAGGUGCCCUAUAAGGAGCUCAGUGGUAGAGACAUGUACAAAGCUGCUGCUCCAGUGCUGUGUGGGCUUUCCGUUUUGAGUCCCACCAGCUACAGUUUUGUUCCUCCUUCCCUCUCACCCUUCUGGUCAGUCUUAACUCCGAGAGUGGUUGGCAUUGCACUGGUGCGGUACGAUUUCAGCUCUAAAGACACACGGGAACUAUCUCUGCAAGUGGGCGACCUGGUGAAGAUCUACAUCAAGUGUACUAAUGGAUGGUGGAAGGGCGAGGUCAACGGGCGGGUGGGAUGGUUCCCAUCCACUUAUGUGGAAGAAGAGGAGUGACCAGCGCAGGGAGCACGUUGCACUGUCCUAAUCUCACUGUGCUGUGUCAGUGAUAGGCCACCUGUUGGCUUUGGACAAGAAACAUAAUAGUGAACAAUACACCUUUUUUGAGGUAAAGAACCACAAACACAGCAAUUAUAAAAAAAAUUUAAUGGGAGCCAGUGGACCGAAGUUGAAACCUGUCAUGCGAUGCAUCUCGGGCCCCGUUGGCUUUGACUGUUUAAUUAGUUAUGAAUCUCCCUUGCUGCUCCACAUUCAGUUCAGUCCCAGACAUCUCUCUCUCUCUCUCUCUCUCUCUCUCUCUCUCACUCUCUCUCUCUCUUGUCUCCUCUUCUUUCUCUCACUCUCAUUCCCUCCCUUUCACCCUGUCACCUCCUGAAAUCUUCACACAGGGCCUGGGCCCCCCCCUCUCUGCCUGUUUAAAAUUUAAACUCCAUUUCUGUGGUAUGCCGGACCUCCCAUAAACUCAGGAGUGGCACGCAGAGAAAAAAGCCCUGAGCUGGACAUUUCUCCCCCCCGCCCCCCACUCUGCAACCUUUACGCAGUGCUUUCAGCUCACCUUGUGCUAUAAUUGAUGAUUUCAUCUGCCAGUCUGACUCUGCAAAGUUUGGCUGGGGCGAGAUCGAGCGCAGCGCUGUCACGAAGCUGUCCUCGCUGCCUCCUCCUCUCAGCCCUGAUAACACUUAGCAUUGGUGCUCUCACAGGGCUUCAGAGCACAGCACAGUGACAGGAGGCCUGCCGUUCAUUGUGAUAUCCAUCUCAGCUGGCCUAACACGCUAUGCUGUGAUCAGUCACUGUGCUGUCUGUUUCUGAACCUCAGGUGCUUCCAAAUGAAAAGCAGAGCAUUGUUGCCACUGAUUUUGGAUACAAACUCCAUUCUUUCUGUUGUCAUGCAACUGAAAGACUAAGGAGGUUAAUGUUCCAGUUUUUCCAGUUGGCAAAAGCUGCUGUUUACUGAAAAAACAAACAAACAAACCAAAAAUGUUGUAUGAGAGUAAUAAACUAUUUAUGCUUAUUUACAAGAGUAAAAAAAAAACCCCACUGUGGAUCAAGACCAAAUACACUUAUAUUUAAAAGACAUCCUGAAAAUUCUUAAAAGGAUAUUUCACCCAAAAAUGAAUCAUUUACUCACCCUCAUGCCAUCCCAUAUGUGUGCGACUUUCUUCUGCAUAGCAAAAGCAAAGUAGAAGUAAAUCUCAGCUCAGUCUUUUUCACUGUACAUCUUGAUAUUGCAGUCUCUAGGCAUGAUCAUGAUUUCAAGUUUGAUGACACUUCCUAGAGCUUGACGCAUGUGCAGAGCGCUAGAUGGCAAUGUAGUGUAAUCAAGCUUGAAAUCAUGAUCGCCAAGGAGACUGCUGUCUGAUGGAUUAUGUUUAUGCUGACUUUAUCUGCUUUUUGGAGCUUCAAAGUCCUGGUUACAAUUCACUUGCACUUGUAUGGACCUACAGAGUUGAAAUAUUCUUCUUUUCUUUCUUUUGCAUUCUGCAGAAGCAAUAAUAGUACGAGAUGGCGAAAUCAUAAGAAAUCAUUAGAUCUGGCUCGUACAAAAACACAUGACUUUUACUCCUAUUGAGAAAAAUAGCAGAACCAACAAAAAUGUUAUUAUGAUUUUUCCAAAGUUUAACCCCUAACCCAACCCUAAACCUAACCAUGAUUUUAAUAGGAAAAUAACUUUUGUAUACCAUGGGAGAAAGAAAAAAGUGAGACAAGGGAAUCAUGUUGGUUAUUGACAUACAUCAAUCGUUUGUACUGUAUGAGCAAAUAUGGAAUGAAAAAUGUGUUUCUUUUCCUAAAAUAAAGUGCUGAUUUGGAGGCUAGCUAUACUGUAAAAUGUGAUGCCUCUAUUGCAUUGAUUUGAAAUGCUGUUUCUUGAGUGGUUGGUCUCUGUGGGAAUAAGUGGUACCUUUUCAUACGAGCCAAGUUGUAUGAUAUCUUACGAUUUGACAUCUUGUACGAAUUAUUAUGAGUUGUUGUGAGACGAUGUUGAUUUUUGCAGUGUUAGUUGUUUGUAAAGUAAAUUGCUUUACAUAUUUCAUAACUUGCUUCAUAUGCUAAAAAUGCAGGUCAUAUGGUUACCUGAGUAAAAACCACAGACAUUUUGUUUUCACUGCCAUUAUUGUUGUUGAAAAUUUCCUGGCCUUUACACAGCUGUUUCGUAUUGCACCUUCUAUAAAUCCAUGUUUUCUGGUUUUCAUCAGAAUAAAUGUAAAUUAUCCA